CGCGAGCAGUACUUGAGACUAUUUUGACUGUAUUCGCCGCAGUUGGAAUUGAGAAGAAGUCUCGAAAGCAUCUCAAAAAUUUCCCGUCGCUGAGAAUUUUCCUUCCUGGGGAAUUUACAAGAUCUCUCACUCAUGGUAAUAUGUCUUGGCAAAAGGAAAUCAUACUGAUCGCGUGGUUGUGUUGUGGUUUGAGUGUUGCUACAAGUGAUAUGAGUAGCUCAGAAUCCAAUGGUGGUGGAAGUGAGCGACCGUGCUUGGAAGAUUCUGGCUGUCCUUUGGGUGAAUUCUGCUACUUCCUGCCGGGCAACGUGGAAGAUGUGGGAAGGUGUGCGUCCUGUGGUCCGCUGAUGACAUACAACUACGAGACGAAGCAUUGCACGUACUGUCCAGUUUUCAAGGAGAAGUGCUACAACAACUGCUGCUACCCGAUCGACGGCUACGCCAACUACCAGAUCCGCUGCGUGGACGGCAUGUGCCAGAGAUGCCACAAGACCGACACCGAGUCCCGUCAGUGCACUCUGCAGAGCUACCAGGACAUCACGUCCAAGUUCAUCGUGGCCUUCGCCAUUGCCUUCUCCGUUGGCCUCACAGCCAUCAUCAUAUACCGAUGGAGCUUCCGCGGUCGGAGGGAACACAUGCCGGAAAGGCGGUUCAGUCUUCACGACGAGACCAUCUUCUCCUCGCCAGUGCAGGAGAGGACACUUGAGUUGAUGCGCGAUCGUCCGCCUGGAUACCAGACACGCCACAACUAUCGCUUCGAGCAGGAGGCGAAGGCCAACAGUGCUGAUCAGCAGGUGCCCACGGUGGCUUCUUCGGCGCCUCCGCCGUAUCCAGGGAUGGAGUCUGGCGCUGAAAGCGCUGCGGACAACGUCCAACCGCCUCCGUACAGCCAAACCGAGCAGUCGAGCGAAAAGACACUCCACAUUUGAGCGCGUUUCUCUGUGAUGAUACAUAUUUCCUGUGCACUCUCUCUCUCGCAUUGGAGUAAACUCAAUUGAUACCAAG